AUGUUUGUCCGUCAGGUUUCCCGCAACAUCUGGUCCCAUCGUCUUAGUCAGAAAAGCUAUUCAAUGGCCCCUUCUCUUGUCCAGCCCUCUGGAUUCCCCAAUGUUCCCUACGAAUUUGAGAAAUCUCUAACCUAUCCCUCAAGGGCUCAGUCUCUUCUUGGGGCCACUUUGCUCUCCAAGAUUCAGAAUAUCGACAUCAACACUUGUUCACCAGAUGCUCUCGAUUCCUUCUUUGUGUGCGACCUGGGCGAGCUGAAACGGCUUGUCCGGUUAUGGCGUGCGGAAAUGCCUCGUGUCGAGCCAUUCUACGCCGUCAAGUGCAACAGUGACCAAAAGUUGCUGCACACCUUGCUUCAGAUGGAUCUCGGGUUCGAUUGUGCUUCCAAGACCGAAAUCCAGCAGGUUUUGGCUCUUGGAGCAGACCCGGCAAGAAUCAUCUAUGCGAACCCGUGCAAAGCUGUGCCUUAUAUUCGGUAUGCCAGGGAAAACAACGUCAACAUGACCACCGUUGAUAACCUGGACGAAUUGCACAAAAUUGCCCAGUUUCACCCAGACUGCGAGCUGCUGAUUCGGAUCAGAACCGACGACUCCGAAGCCACCUGUCCCCUGUCCGUCAAGUUCGGUGCCUCUUUGCAGGAGGCCCGUCAAUUGGUCCAGGAAUGCGCCAACUUGAAGCUCAACCUGACAGGAGUGGCUUUCCACGUUGGUUCCGGUUGCAACAACCUUGCAACCAUCGAUACCGCCGUCAGAGACUCCAGAAUGAUUUUUGACCAUGCCUCAAGACUCGGAUUCGACCUGAAAAUGCUCGACAUUGGCGGAGGUUUCUCCAAGUCGACUUUCCAGGCCUCUGCAGCAGUGUUCAGAACGGCACUCAACACCCAUUUUGCAGCUCAGGAAUUCCCCGAUCUUCAGAUCAUCUCCGAGCUGGGGAGAUUUUUGGCUGCUUCUUGCUUUACCCUCGCUGUCAAUGUCACUUCGAAACGCUCGGACGCUUUCCAGGAGCGGAUUUACGUUAACGACGGUGUUUACGGCAAUUUGAACUGCAUUUUGUUCGAUCAUCAGGAAGUUGAGCCCAAGGUGCUUACUUCCAACGGCAAGUUUGUGUUCCACUCAAAUUACAACCACUCUGAAAAGGAAUUGGCCGAUUCGUCCAAGACCUAUUCGGUGUGGGGACCAACUUGCGACGGAUUGGACUGCAUUGCGCCAAACUGCAAGUUGUCGCAGAACGUUGCGAUCGGCGAUUGGAUCUACUUCAAGAACUCCGGCGCAUACACGUCUGCGGCUGCCACCAAUUUUAACGGGUUCACCUCCCAGAACGAGUGUUUAUAUAUCGAUAGAGUUUUGUGCUGUUACGGAAUUGACAUUGACGCUGUUGCAGGAUGGCUAGGGUCCUACGGUGGAGAGGACUCGGCAAGCGACGUUUCUCGUGGUCUGUUUGCAGGCCACGUUGGUAUCCCACGUAUGCUGAAAAUGCUUGACAGGUACAACAUCAAAGGUACCUGGUUUAUCCCGGGCCAUUCGCUGGAGACGUUCCCCGAGGAGUGUGCCAUGAUCAGAGACGCUGGCCACGAGAUUGGACUCCACGGAUAUUCCCAUGAAAACCCGACCGACAUGACGUUGGAGCAGCAGAAAGACGUGCUCGACAAGACUUUCAAGCUGCUGACCGAUUUCUGCGGUAAACCCCCCACCGGAUCUGUUGCUCCGUGGUGGGAGACGAGCCAGGCCGGAGUGGAGAUGCUGCUGGACUACGGAAUCGAGUAUGAUCACUCCAUGUCGCACCACGACUGCCAAUGCUACUGGUUCCGCACAGGCGACACCUGGACCAAGAUCGACUACUCGAAAAAGGCCGAGGAGUGGAUGAAACCGCUCCAAAGAGGAGAAGAAACAGGACUCGUUGAAAUUCCGGGCAAUUGGUACAUUGACGAUCUGCCUCCAAUGAUGUUCAUCAAGAACAGUGCAGAUGGAUACGGGUGGGCAAACCCGCGCGAUAUCGAGGACAUUUGGCGAGACCAUUUCGACUAUUUCUAUAGGGAAUACGACGAGUUCGUGUUCCCGAUCACGUGCCACCCCGAUGUUUCGGGCCGCCCCCACGUUCUGCUGAUGCACGAGCGGCUGAUCGAGCACAUCAACAAGCAUGAAGGCGUGGAGUGGUUGACCAUGGACCAGGUCAACAAGGACUUUAGGGCCAGAAACCAGCCUCCGGCCGGAGCGAAGCUGCCAGCUACCAACGCGACUACCUGA